UUGCAAUUUGUAAGGGUAAAUUAGUCCUUUCAUUCAUCUCUAAAACCCUAAUCGAUACUUAUAUCCUCAACCAGGUUCCAUCUUGGCCGAAACGAGAGAGCGAAGGAACCUCAACGAAGAACAAAGAAUGGGGGCUUACAAGUACGUAUCGGAGCUAUGGAGGAAGAAGCAGUCCGAUGUGAUGAGGUUCCUGCAGAGGGUAAGGUGUUGGGAGUAUCGCCAGCAUCCUUCGAUUGUGCGCGUCACCCACCCUACCCGCCCUGACAAGGCUCGCCGCUUGGGUUACAAGGCCAAGCAGGGUUAUGUGAUAUAUCGUGUCCGUGUAAGGCGAGGUGGAAGGAAGAGGCCCGUUCCCAAAGGUAUUGUGUAUGGGAAACCCACAAACCAGGGUGUUACCCAACUGAAGUUCCAACGCAGCAAGCGCUCAGUUGCAGAGGAGCGUGCAGGCAGGAAACUCGGUGGUCUCAAGGUUCUCAACUCUUACUGGAUCAAUGAGGAUUCAACAUACAAGUACUUUGAGGUCAUUCUGGUUGACGCUGCCCACAACGCCAUCCGCAAUGAUCCAAGGAUCAACUGGAUCUGCAAGCCAGUCCACAAGCACAGGGAGCUCCGUGGACUUACUUCUGCAGGGAAGAAGUACAGAGGUCUCCGUGGCAGGGGACACUUGCACCACAAGGCACGACCGUCAAGAAGGGCAAACUGGAAGAGGAACAACACACUUUCUCUUCGACGUUACCGUUGAUCCGAGUGACGUUAUUUGUUGUUUCUAUCAUCUUGUUUUUACUUUUGAUUGUAGGAUUUGCCUAUUUUGAUACCAGUGUCUCAGGCGACUUUUGUGGAACAUGUUUAAUUUAGCUGAAUGCAUUGAGGCUAUUGAGUUGUUUUUUGUUGGGAUCUUUAUGUUACGAAUUACUUAGAAGUAUGUUGGAUGUUUGAUUGAUCA